AUGGAGGUUGUAUUCACCGAACGCUUGCAUCAAGCUGCUGUUGAGGUCAGCAAACGAUCCGAUUUGCCUCAUGAUCUCCAUGCCAGAUUACACAAUUUAACGCAGAAAGAUCAAUCACAAUGGCCUGAAGCUAUUCCAUUCCAAUUAGUUCAAUCCAUUCAUCAAUAUUUUGUCAAAACGAAGGGUGAUGACGGCACACAGAAAACUUACCUCUAUCAGUUAUUGGCUGGUAGUGAAUUAUAUCGCCAAGCAUAUCAGCCACCUAAACGCAAUCCUGAAUUACUGGCUAGGUUAGAAAGACUGAAAGCACAACAAGCCAAUCGUGAAUAUCAAGAGAUGGUCAAGGAUGUUAGUCCAAAGCAAUCAGCCAAGGAAACAUUAGGUAAAGAUCUACGAUCGACACGUCGCCAACUCAGCAGUAUCAUCAACUUUGUCAUUACCGUGGCUUCAGCCUUUGCAUUUGGCUUCUUUGCAUCAAAACAUGCAUUUCCUAACGUUGCAUUUCGAGUUUUAUUUGGACUCUUUGUUGCCGUUGUGGUAGCUGCCGCCGAAUUAUACUUCAUGGCUCGAAUAGAAAUUUAA